GGCAGGCUUGUGCCUGUUUGUGAGCACUUCAACAGGACACAAGUAUUAAAGAGGCAGAUCUGAAAAGGGAAACUGUGGAGUCAGCAUAAUGAGAAGUGGAGAGGCAAUGGAACAAGGAUUACGAGACUGCUGCAGGUCGAUCCGCAUUGGGAAGAUCCUGAUACAGAGCGACGAGGAGACGCAGAGAGCCAAAGUGUACUACGCCAAGUUCCCACCAGACAUCUACAGGAGAAAGGUUCUGCUCAUGUACCCAAUACUCAGUACUGGCAAUACUGUCAUUGAGGCUGUCAAAGUUCUUGUAGAACAUGGCGUACAACCAAGCAUCAUUAUCCUGCUCAGCCUGCUCUCCACACCUCAUGGCAAGUUGGGGCUUUCGCCUUCUUGAAAGAUGCCAAAUUUAUCAUCCAGGAAUUCCCUUUUUAAUGACAGAUGUUCACCCUGUUCUACCAACACACUCUGGACGGAAGUAUGUUAGAACAGACUGACCCAGUCAGGAUAAACAAAUGUGACUCUAUGACAUUACAAGAGUUUCUUCAUAUGUUUUAUUAUUGUGGAGUUGAAUGAGGGUAUGUUUAAAAAUCUUUUUGACCAAAGGGGGAAAUACUUGCCUUGGGUUGGUUCUGGACAGUUCCAGCCUGAACACCAAAUCA